UAUAUCUACGUUUCUUUGCCUUUAACUUCUGAAAAUCGAGCAUCACUUGGGGGAAAAUGCCGCUGCACGAGCACUCGCCAACCAAUAAUAUAAAUAUGUAUAUUUUAUACAGCACAUUAUUCUAUACGUUUGAACGAAUUUGCGGCCAUGUGGAAGCCUGGCAAGCCUGAUUUAUACGAGAAUAAUGGCGGCACUGUUCUGGCCAUUUCCGGCAAGGACUUCGUGGUCAUUGGCGGGGACACACGUUUGAGCAGCGGCUGUGCAAUUCUCUCGCGGACACAGACCAAGAUGUGUCCUCUGUCCAAACAGAUGGUGGUGGCGGCCGCAGGCUGCUGGUGCGACGCCGUCUCGCUGACUAAUCUGUUGAAGGUGAAGCAGCAGGGCUACGAUAGCCAGCACCACAAGGUCAUGAGCGUCGAGUCCAUGGCCCAGAUGCUCUCCGUCGUCCAGUACCAGCGACGCCAUCUACCCUACAACGUCUCCCCCAUUUUGGGUGGCAUCGACCAGGACGGCCAGGGGGCCGUAUUCUCUUACGAUUGCAUCGGCCAUUUCUACCGUGAAAGCAGCCGUGUUGAGGGGACAGCCGUCGGCCUACUGCAGCCGGUGCUGGACAAUCAGAUUGGCUACACUAAGAAGGAUCUCCUUGAUGAGGCAUCCGAUGAGCAGCCGACGCUAACCAAGAAGCGUGCCCUGGCCAUCGCCAAAGAUGCCUUCAUCACGGCCGCGCAGAGCGACGUGUUCACCGGCGACUCUGUGAUUAUCAAUAUAAUUACAAAGGAUAGCAUUAAGUCAAAAACAGCAACUCACAAAUGCUCUCCAGCUGCGUCACGGGGAAGUGCAUCAACAGCGACAGGAUCAACUGCAACAUCACCUGCAAGGCGAAUCACUUCAAGUGAGGCCUUCAAUAUGUGCAUCAACAAUUGAAAACAAUGCGACGGGGAUUCGACUGUCCCGAUGGCUUCGAUUAGAUGAACUCCACCUGCCCGCGGAUCACAAAUGCAUGCAAAUGCUAUGGCUGGGACUGCCACUCGAAUGCAUCAACGAGUGCGGUACCAACGAGUCGGAUCAGAUGUGUGGGGCUGUUCCAUCGAAGAUCUUCUGCUGCGACGGCCAGUACAACUGCAUCGAUGGCUCCGCUACUGUGGUGGGCUUUUUCCAGACGGACGAUGUCUUUGACACCCUCAUCAGGCGCAAGGACACGCUGGCAAUCAUGAAGAUUACAUUCCGAAAUUUCAGUUGUAAUGAAAAAUAUACUUUUAUUUCACUUUCAAUGUUUGUGUUAGCAGUUAAUAACAAUUUCAAAUUAAUUAAAAACUAAUCGCGCGUUCGGUUCUUCCGCUUGGAUGUUUGCGUAGUUUCGUUAAGCAUUCAUUCAUAACAAAAUACAAUAAUUUAAAAUAA